GUUAUGAAGUGACUACCAUUGAUGAGGCAUGUAAAGAAGGUAAUAUUUUUGUAACAACGACUGGAUGUAAAGACAUCUUAGUGGGAAAACAUUUUGAACAGAUGAAAGAGGACAGUAUUGUUUGUAACAUUGGCCAUUUUGAUUGUGAAAUUGAUGUUAAGUGGUUGAUGGAUAACUGUGAAAAGAAAGUAACCAUCAAACCUCAGGUGGAUCGAUACACACUGAAAAAUGGUCGACACAUCAUUCUUCUUGCCGAAGGUCGCUUAGUUAAUCUUGGAUGUGCCAUGGGGCAUCCUAGCUUUGUCAUGUCAAACUCUUUCACAAAUCAAGUACUGGCACAGAUUGAGCUUUGGACCAAACCUGAUCAGUAUAAAAUAGAUGUUUACAUGCUUCCCAAAAAGUUGGAUGAAGAAGUGGCAUAUGCACACUUGGAGCAGCUUGGUGUCAAGUUGACAAGACUGAGUGAUGAUCAAGCUUCCUACCUUGGUAUUCCCCAAGAUGGCCCA